AUGCUGUACUCUCGAUCUCAAUCCUCGCCGAUUCUACUGUCCUUUCUUGUUAGCCUGCUAGCUGCAACAACCCAAUCACUUCCCAUCAACGUCUCCGGAAGCUUGGAUAAUGUGGCUCACAUCAACACCUCAGCCACCUCGCCCUUAUUGAACGGCUGUGGCUCUCUUGUCAAGCGUGCCGUCGGCGGGAUUCCUAUGUCUGGUGCUCUUGCUGGCGUGACCGGCCGACCGGACGUUGUUCGACGUGCUGUUGGAACAGUGGCCGACUCUGGGUGCGGCACCGCGGCGGUAAUCCAGGCAACUUCGAAUUUGGCCAAACGAUCAAACUCCAUCCGCCCCUCACUUUUGCAACCACCUAUCGCAGCUCCCUCAAUCCCUGAUCAACCGAUCAUUGACGACACUCGUGUGGUAAAUGCUCUCCAUCUCCUCGUCAAGCGAGGCAAUUCUGCUCCCCGUACAUCCCAACCCACCAAGAAACCACAGGCGCAAUCCCUCAAGAAGGUCCAGGCUAAACCCAUGGAGGUGCAGGCUCAACGCAUGAAGAAGGAACCGGCCCCUCCCAUCCAACAGGCCACCUUGCCCGCGGCCAGGAAAAGCGGGCAGCCCGACACGGAAGAAAAGUGGGGCCGAUCGAUGGCGCGAUCGUGUAAGGUCAAGAAGCUGAACCAGUUACCUUAG